GCAAGGAUUACCCUGGACGAGGUAAGUGUGGGAAGGAUUACAUUAAGUAUGGCUCUUUGCUACAACAGUCCAGGGCCAUAUAAAAUAUCAAAUAAUAUAUAUAUAUAUAGCUAGAUAGAGACUGAUGACCUAUACCAUAUCUGCUGCUCAUUCAUGUUGUGCAAAGCUUAACCAGAUCGCAUAUUAUGUCUCUCUGUAAUAAAAAAAAACCGUCCUAUCGUAAGAAUGGGACUGAAAAAAAUUUUGUUGCAAUGGUUGGCAACUAGUUCACAUCAUAAACCACACAUGAUACGAAGACACCUUGGGAUCCAAUUCAAAAGGUUCUAUUCCCUAGCUCCACAGCUCCACCCUUUGCUUGUGCUGAGAGCCCAAACCCUAGUUCAAGAUAAAAAAGAGCUCGAAUCAAAACUAGAAACCUAUGAUGCUGAGCUCCAACUCAAAUUCGAUAAAAUCACAGACAUAAUAGAUAGAUAUGAUAGAUUAAAUACGGUACAAUCAGAAAUCAACGAGCUCGAACAAAUAGCACAGGAUCCUUCUGAUGAAGAACUUGCCAAUGAAGCCAAUAAGGAGUUGGAUAAACUCGUUCCUGAAGCUGAAAGUUUGGUGGAAAAUCUCACCAAUAAGUUACUUCCACCUAUAAAACAUGCAGAACGAGGAUGUAUUCUCGAACUUAGACCUGGUGUUGGAGGAAGUGAAGCAGGAUUAUUCACGGCAGACUUGAUGAAUAUGUACAUUGGUUUUGCUUCCGUUAACGGCUGGAAAUAUAAAGUUGAAGGGAAACUGAGUGGUGCAGGUGUUGUCAAUGAAGCAAUUUUGUCAAUUGAUACUCCGGGUACAUAUGAUAUUCUUCGUCACGAAAGUGGGGUGCACCGAGUACAAAGAGUCCCACAAACAGAAACCAAGGGAAGAGUUCAUACCCUGACAGCGGCAGUUGUUGUCUUGCCCAAAUUAUCUGAAGGGAACGAGGCAUCACUUAAAGAAGAUGAACGUCAAUUUAAACCAGGAGAAGUGAGAAUAGAUACAAUGCGAGCUGGUGGUAAAGGUGGACAACAUGUGAACACGACUGAUUCUGCCGUCCGUUUGGUUCAUAUACCAACCGGAGUAACUGUGAUACAACAAGAUGAGCGUUCGCAACCUCAAAAUAAAGCCAAGGCGUUUGCAGUUCUUCGAGCUAGACUAGCUGAAUUAGAAAGAGUUGAAGAAGUAGCAAAGCAAAAGGCCAUGAGAACCGAUCAAGUCACCACUACUGAUCGUGGUGACAAGAUUAGAACAUACAAUUACCCGCAAAAUAGAAUUACUGAUCAUAGAUGUGGGUUUUCAUUACACGAUGUACCAGGAUGUAUGAAUGGGACUAAGUUGGGUGAGUUGAUUUCCCAAGUGGAAAGUUGGGAAUUUAAGGAACGUAUGCAAGAUAUGAUUGCGGUCGAAGCUGCAAAAAAGUAGGGUCUAGCCCCAGGAUAUAUUUUAUACCAAGAAACAAUUGUAAAUAGGGUGUAUAAUUUUUAUAUACAGGCUAGAAAACGCGUCAAAAUCACAAUAGUUUGAUUAUAC